AUGAGAGCAACAACAAACAAUGAAUCUGCAAAUAACAAACCCUCUCCCAGGCUUCAGAAUAGUUUGCAGCAAGUGGAAGACAAUCAACAACAAGAACAACAACAUGCAACGAUGAACCCAAAUGAUUAUUUGGUUCCAUUAACGAAUAAUAGUAGCACAACCUUUGGAUCUAAUCAUUCAAAAUCGACCACUGAAUAUCGUUAUCAUCCCUAUGCAAGAAAUCCAAACAAUGAUCAUUACCCUUCAACUCAUUCCACACCAAUUCAUAAUAAUUACGAGAAUCAAUAUGCUAGAACAAUUCAUAACAAUCAAAACAUGCAAUCUGUUAAUUUUUCAAAUAACAAUACUCUGUAUGAUGUGAGAAUGCAAAAUAAUGAUAACAUUCGAAACAUUCCUCGACCACAAUUUACCUCAACCACUCUGUUAGAACCCUCUGUUCAGGUGGAACCACAUUUUGACAGCAAUAUUUUCACAAUACUGAGAAAGAGACAUGUAGUUGGCUCUUCAUCCUCACCCUCUUCACUUUCUUCUUCAGAAAUGUCAUCAGCACCUUCAACGAGAGUGGCAAAUUAUGGAACUGGCAUUUCAAGAUCCUCUUCAACCUCAUUGAGUAGUUUAGAAUCACCCAAUAUUGACCCAUCUCCAAAUCCUUCCAUCUCUCUACGAACCAUCUCGACUGAUUCUGUGUCAUUUAGAAGUUCAAAUAGAGGAGACUCCAAAACAAAUCCCUAUUUUCACCAAGAAUCAGCCACUCAUCCUCCAUCCACUCUCAUUCCACUUGGAGAUAAUUUCAAGAAUAAUAAGAGUCAACAUGUUAACGAGCAACCAGGUAUCAAUUCUCCUCUCAUAACCCAAAAUUACUCCCUCACUCCUCUUAAUUUAUUACAGAAAUCCAAUCCAACCUUAGCAAGUUCAUCCUCGGCCAAUAAUAGUAUAGAACUGGUUAGUAGUUCUGGUCAAUAUUUAGAGCCGAGUAAUCCUUCUUCGUAUUUAAGACCUCUCAAAUCAUCAAACCCAUCCUCAUCCAAUGAUCUUUCCAAUUUAUCUAGCUCAGCACCUCCAUUUUCAGAUCCAAUAGUAUUAGAUCUUUCCAAAAUACCCUCAACUUUUGAUGAAUCUUCCAAUUUUAAUUAUUCCAAAACUAAAAGGAUAAAGAAUUUUGUCAAUGAUGGACCUUGGACAAGUGAAGAACACGAAAGAUUACUCCAAGGUUUACAACAAUGUGGAACCAAUUGGAAAGAACUUAGUGAGGUUUAUGUAAAAUCAAGAACUCGAGUCCAAGUGCAUGCCUAUGCAACCAAAGUUUUGAAAAUCAAAUCUCCCAACAAUGAUCCAUAA